AUGGAGGUGAUAGAAAUCCAAUCGUUUAUCAAUUUGGUUCUUCGACAGAGCCACGCAGCGAUAGUCCUGGGGUUUUUCGUAGCCGCUGCUGUUAGUAGUCCAGCUCAAUCCAAUUACCAGAAAAAGAUCUAUUUCUACGAAGAUGUACCCGUUGAAAGGUACGAGCAAAGAGUCUUUUACGUUCGACCACAAAGAUUUAUAAGCAAGAAUAGACGAAAUUAUCUGAAGGAGGAGAAAUAUAGAGAGAAUGAAUCUAUGGCACAUAAUUUUGAUUACAAGGAUCCUAUUGCUCUUCCAUCCGAACAAUACGACGAUCAUAACGAAGAGGAUUAUAGCGAGGAGAAUGGUUAUUCGUUGGAGUCACACGUUCCCGAAGAAAACUCACACGAGAGCCACUUUCUGGGACAUGACUUAGAUGAAAACGUUCACAAGACGAUCACAAUCAUUAAAAAAAUCGCCGUACCGUAUCCUGUAGAGAAGAUUAUACGAUAUCCUGUGGUAAAAAAAAUACCAUAUCCGGUAAAAAUACCAGUAUCGCAACCCUAUGCAGUAGAGAAACAAAUCCCUUAUCCCGUAAAGAUUUAUGUAAAGGUUCCCGUGAAAAUUCCGAAACCGGUACCUGUGAUAAAGGAGGUACCGUAUCCGGUGAAGAUACCAGUUGAUCGACCUGUUCCUGUUAAAGUUUAUAUACCAGAACCCUAUCCUGUAGAAAAGAAGGUUCAUUAUGAAGUUAAAAUUCCAGUUCCGGAUCCCUUUCCAAUUGAACGAAAAAUACCGAUUCCUAUAAAGGUUCCGAUACAUGUUCCACAACCUUAUCCAGUCGAAAAAAUCGUGCGUUAUCCUGUGAAAAUUGAAGUUGAAAAGCCAAUACCGGUACCAGUACCAAAACCGUAUCCGGUUCCUGUUAAUAAACCAGUUCCUUAUCCGGUCGAGAAACCAGUACCCGUUCCGGUGAAGGUCGAGGUGCAUAGACCGAUUCCAGUACCGGUUGAUAAACCAGUACUGGUAAAGGUCAAGGUGCCAGUGCCUGCGCCUUAUCCGGUCGAGAAGGAGGUGCCUUAUCCGGUGGAAAAGCCAGUAGCUGUGCCAGUGAAGGUACCGGUCGAGCGACCGAUCCCUGUUCAUGUGACUAAGCACUUGCCUUAUUCCGUUCCUAAGCUUGUUCCCUAUCCUGUUAAAGUUGAAGUACCUAUAGCAGUACACGACGAGGUCAACGAACAUCAUAUAGUCAGAUCUGAAUAUUAUAAUUCUCACGAAGAAGGAUAUCUAUAA